CCGUCAGGUGUGUCGCCUCAUCUGCGAUCGUGCUGCAUCUCGAUCUCGAUGUAAUUAGUGCUGACUGUGUGAUCAAACCCUAGCCUCUCUACCUUUCCUUCGUUACAUUCCGUUUGUGCCGAUUUUGUAGAGAAAGCAUGUUUAUUAAAACGAAUCUUCCCGGCUAUUGAGAAACGUAAUCUUUGAUACUUAACUGUGUGCCCAGACCUGACCAGUGUGUUAACGCAAGAGCUCGAACAGUGAAAGCUUUUCAUUUGACGAUGGCUGCAUAAAUUAAUGUGAGGUGCGACCACAAAGCAUCAGAAAACAAAAUGCCAUCGCCACGGCCACGAUCAUCAGCCCACCGAUCUGGAGUAUGCUGUGUCCGGGUGCUGAGUUCUUUCCGAAUCUUGCUGCUUGGGCUAACGGGAUUCGCGUUGUUUGGGGCGUUAGUGGCCGCAGAAAAGCGGUCAUACUUCGGUUGCUACGAGCGUGACCGUUUUGCACGGCCCGCCCUUACCACGGAAAACUUGGACGAGUGCAUCGAUAACUGUGAGAGCAGCUUCCAAAGGUAUGCCGUACUGUCUGGGACCCGUUGCAGCUGCACCAACGCGAUCGUGACGCGCGUCGUCGAGGACCGGGAAUGCGAUCAGCCGUGUGGCAAACAACCGGAUCAGAAUUGCGGUGGUGUGAACGCCCAGGGGGUUUAUGAAACGGGCGUCGAGGAAGCUGGACCCGUCCGCAACCUGCGCAUCGAAGGCGAGCAGCGCGAGAGUACGAUUGCGAUCCGUUGGGAUCUACCACCCGAAGAUGGGGUGAUGGUGGAAGAGUUCUUGAUCGUUGCCGAGGCGUCGAGGACGUAUGCAGACUUCCGCAUCUAUCCAGCACGCUGGACGGUGCACAAUUCAACUACCUCGUUCGAAAUGUCUAGCCUCAAUCCGGGAACCGAUUACAACGUAACGGUGGUAUCUAUCUCCGGCAAGGGCCGUGAGGGAGGACGGGCAAGCAUUGUGGGCAGCACGGAGAUCGGUCGCCCGGAUCCGGAACCCGAGGAGCCCACCAUAUUGCGCCGACUAGAGUCCACGAUACAGAUACGGAUUCCACGGGCAACGAACAACAAUGGUCCGGUAAACUAUUAUCGCGUGGUGGUACACUACGUGAACAGCGAGCUGAUACAGCAGAUCGAUGAGAGCCAGCUGAACACGUUCCAAAAGUCGAAGGAAAAUAAGGUGCCGUACUACAUAGCGGCAGAGUUGGAGAUGAAGGAGGAUGAAGAGUCGUUGUUUUUUACCGUCGGCGAUGGGCGCGAGUAUCGAAGCUACUUUAAUCCACCGAUCACGGCACGGACGCAUGUGCACAUCUCGAUCGGGGUGGUGAGCAUUCUAAACCAUGUGGUGAAGGUACGGUAUGCGACGACGACACAUGAGCAGCAUCAGUAUCCGGAUCAUCAUCAUGUGAAUCUAAAAACGGUUGAAUUGGAACGAAAUGAAACCCUCAUCACCAUUCUUACCGUUGCUUGCGUGCUGUUCGGUAUCGUUCUCACGGCUGCAAUCGUUCUGUAUGUAUAUCUGCAUUUCAAGACACCCACCGCCAACACGCGUCCUUUCGCCGACCAUCAUGAGUUGACGCUACAGGGUCCUAUACUGGAGGUGGAGAACAACGGGUUUAUGCCGGACAUCUACGAACAGCGCGGAUUCGAGGCGGAACUACGUGACAUCAUCGAGGGGCUCGAACCUGCAAAGAACCACCCGCGGAAGUACCUUAGCUUGGAUAUCAAUCGCAUCCUUGGCAGUGGAAAAUAUGGGGAUGUAUUGCUGGGCAGCUUGCAAGCUUCACCGUCCGAGUCGGUGGGUGAUCGACCGGCACAGGUGCACGUGAUCACGGACGAUAUGGAGGGAGUAGAUCAGAUUGCAUUCCUGAACGAAUUUCGACGACUUACGGCACUGGAGGAUCACGCCAACGUGAUUCUGUUCUACGGCGUUUGUGUGACGCCCGAUUGGUGCUAUCUGCUGUUUGAGCAAAUGCAAACGACGCUAAAGCAAACGCUACUGAAUGCGCGCGUGCCGCCCAACGUGAGCAGUGCCAAGUUUUCCACCAUCUCCGAGGAAAUUGUUGUAAAUAUUCUCUGUCUUGUGUGUGAUGGGAUGCAGUUUUUGGUUGAUAAUGGUGCGGUGAGUAAAAAGUUGUGCGCUCGUACCGUGUACGUGAAUACCAAAUUCGAAGUGAAGGUGAGCGCUUUCGGACCACCGUUGCACACCGAGGACACGAACAAACAGAUCGACAUCGGACGCUGGCAUGCGCCGGAAGUUAUUAAAUUUCAAAACCAUUCCGCCAAGAGCGACGUUUGGUCGUUCGGGUUGCUGAUCUGGGAAUGUUGCUGCCUUGGGGCAACGCCGUUCGGGAGCACCACUACCGAGAAUUUGUUCGCUGUCAUCCGCGCCGGACAAAAACCGGAACGGCCACCGUUUAUGUUUGAAGAUUUGUACCAACUGUGCCUGAACUGCUGGGAUUUGGAUGCUAGCGAUCGGCCCAGCUUCGACGAGCUGCGAAGCUACCUUCGGCAAACGCUGCCGAUGCUGCGGUACCUGCUAUCGUUCGAGCGGAAGCAAGAUGUCCAGCUCCCACCUUACUUGCCCCAUUUGGAAACGGUGGAGUAGAAGCGGACGGUAGGAUUAUCAGCAUCGAAAACAGUAUUUGAAACGCCACUCUUAUCAAUAUUCCGUCCAGGUCGAAACUUUUCGGCUUUACUUUAACGACAAAGGGUUAUACAUUUGUAUGUACUGUUCCGUUUUAUAAUUUAAAAUAAA